AUGGUGCAACCUUCCUUCUCCCACCCUCGUUCUGACCCUUCAUCCUCCUCUGUCUCAAAUUCACCAACAGCGGCACUCGAUGCAUUCCUCGAUAACCAGCAUCAAUCGUAUUUCGAGGAACUGUACAAAUCAGAGGCGGUAUGUCUAUGUAUACUGAGGUCAUUACCUCCCGUAUGUAGACAUCUGAUCCUGCAUCACCUAUGGUCACAUAUGCCUCUGCGUACGACAGAAGUGAAAAGCUUCUUACAGCUGGACGUACACACCCAACUUGAAGUUGUCGACGAAAUAGUAAGACCAGCGUUGAAUAGAAAGAUCAUACAUCCCAUGAUACAUAAGAAGAACAAGUUUUACUGGCCAUGGAAUGACGCAUUUAAGAAAGGCCUGAGAAACGCUCUGACCGGAUUAGGAACAUCAAAUUCGUUUGGUGUACCAUUUGACACACCGGACGACGUCGAGUUGCCAAGUCAGGAGGAUCUGGUAGCGUACGGAGAAGAAGCCUUUGAAGGUAUUCUCAAAUACAUGGUAUCUUCCGGACUAGGAAUCGGAUUUUCAGUAGCCAGACCUCAAGCUGAGGUUUUAGAGCUACUGCAUAUAAGUGGAUUGAUGAUUGAUCCCACCGACGCUACAGGUGAAAAUCCCAAUCUGAACAAGAUGACCAUCACAUCAAAGGGAUUCCAGUUCUUACUGGAAGAUCGGCAGACUCAAUUAUGGGAGAUACUCAUGUAUUACCUUACUGCCAAAGAGGCGAAUUCAGAACGAUCCGCGGAGGUGUUAUCGAUGUUCUUUUCUUUAAAUUGUAUGCAGCUGGGACAGGACUACUCGGCUUCCAAGUCUUUCCCUCAUGCUUUAUCCGCGCUGAAUGACUUAGCACAAUACGGAUUCAUUUAUCGACCAUCACCCGAUUCAGACCAGUUCUUCCCAACUCACCUCGCUACUGCCUUGUGCAGUGGUGAUGCAGCGGCUACGAAAAGCCAAGAGGCAGAUGAGAAGAGGUUCUUGAUCUUGGAGACUAACUAUAAGAUUUAUGCUUAUACGUCAAACGAAUUGGAAAUAGCGAUCUUGAACCUAUUUGUCGAUAUUCGAAUUCGCUAUCCAAACUUGGUCGUUGGCAAAUUAGAUCGAAAGAAUGUUAAAUCAGCUAUGGAAAAGGGUAUAUCAGCAAAUCAGAUCAUAUCGUAUUUAUCGAGUCACGCACAUCCCCAGAUGUACAAUUCUCCCCCACCGUUGUUACACCCUACAAUUGUCGACCAAUUGCAUUUGUGGGAUAGGGAGAGGAACAGGUUGAAAAUGGAAGAUACCGUCAUGCUUGAAUUCUUCAGUAAAGAGCUAUUCGAAGAUACCGAAAACGAAGCCAAGGCCAACGCGGCUUUACAGCUUAGCGUAUCUACUCAGAAAUUCUUGUUCAUCGAACCGCAGACGAAGGCUGCUAUUACGGACUUUGUGAAAGAGAGGCAGAAUCAGUUGAGAUCGGGAUUCUAA